AUGAGCUCUUCUUCCAUGCCCGCUACAACCUCUGCCACAACCGGUUCGGUGCUUCCACCACCUCCACAGAUGCAAGCUUCUUCACAGGCUCAAGCUCCACCAAGGAGGGUUGAAACUCAUAUAUCCCGAGACACUGUUCCUGCUAAAAAUGUCCAUAGAUCUGGUGUCCCAGGGAGAACUCCUAUUAUGGCUUCUAAUGAUGAAAUUUUAACUUUGUUUAGUAGUAUACAGGAUCAAAUGAAGCAACAACAAGAAACUAACCAGAUGAGAAUGAGAGAAAUACAACUCUUGAAGUCUAACUCCAAGAGACAUACUGAGGAUACUGAUACAGGUAUAACGUCGGCACUCUCCAAAGAGCUUCAGAAGCUGAAGGAUAUGAUAUCCAGUGGUUUAGGAGAUAAAGCGAGGUGGCCAAGGAAGAACCAGCAAAAGGCCGAUUGGAAGGAUAAAUCCAAAAAGAAGAAUAAGGGUCAGGAUACUAAGAAGGAUCAUGAACGAGCAGCAUCACCUCCUCCAGACGCUAAGAUAAUCAACUUCAUAUCUAGAGGAUCCAAUAUAUGUGGAACCUCUUAUUCUGCAUCAAAGAGACAUGCCAAGGAGGCUAAGGCAGAAAGAGGGGACGAGCCGACAAGGAUGACAACACUUACAACUGACAAAGUGAUAACGUUUGACAGUGAUGACUGGGACAACAUUCAGGAUCCUCAUCAUGAUGGUUUGGUAAUCAAUUUAUAUAUUGCUAAUCAUUUUGUACGCAGGAUACUGGUGGACAGCGGUAGCUCGGUUAACAUCAUCCAGUUGGAAACCCUGAAGAGAAUGAACAUCCCCCAAAUGGAGAUCACUUCAAAGUCCACUGUGCUUGUAGGAUUCAGUGGAGAAGCAAAGAACACUGUUGGAGAAAUAAAACUGCCUGUAUGUGUUGAAGCGGUGAACUAA